AUCACUUCCGGGUCACCACCUGACAGGCGGCUGUGCUUCCGGGGAAAGGCGUCUGUUACCAUGGAGACGGGAAGCUGGAGAGCGCGCGGCCCGAGAGAUCCGAACUGAAGUGGGGAUCAGUGACUCCUCGGCUCUCCUCCUCACUAUGGCAAUCUAUGAAGUCUUCUCCCACCCCUCCCUGGUCAGAUACAGAACCAGCGUCUGCUCCAAGGCCACCGUCUUCCUGAUCGCUGUGCUGCUGCUCACCUACAUCCCUCCAUUACUCGUGUCCUAUCGCAGCCAAGGAUUUUGGAUGAAGCGAAGCACAUACGAGGAGCAGCCCGACGUUCGGUUCCAGUACGAGGUUUUGCUGAUCGCCUUAAACGGCACCAGUGGAAGUUUUGUGGCUUGGAGCACAUUUCAGAAUUUCAACAGCUUGAUCGGCGAGAGGCUGAGAAUUCCUCUGGUGUCGGCUCAGGAAGAGGAUAGCAACCAAGAUGGGAAAAUGGACAAGCUGAACUUCAGGCUGGAGCUCCCCCUGCUGCCCGCAGAGAACGUGUACGGGGUGCAGCUUGUUCUGACCUUCUCAUACCAGCUCUAUAGGAUGUCGACAUUUGUAAUGCAGAGCAUGGCGUUUAUUCAGCAUGCGUCUCCACUUCCUGGAGCCCAGCUUUACAUUAAUGGAGACCUGAGACUACAACAGAGACAGCCGCUGAGACACCAAGGCCUGGACACCACCUACAAUAUUUCCGUAAUUAAUGGAUCCAGCCCAUAUGCAAGCUCUUAUGACCUCACAAACAUCAUAUCAUCCUAUCAGGAGAGGAACGUGACCACCGUCCUGGACAACCCGAGUCCUCUAUGGCUUGUUGGACGAGGUGCAUCAGAUCCAUUUGUGGUCAAUGCGGUGAUCAGGUACCCCGUGGAGAUCAUUUCAUAUCAGCCUGGAUUUUGGGAGAUGAUCAAAUUCGGCUGGGUUCAGUAUGUCAGCGUCCUGCUCAUCUUCCUCUGGGUCUUCGAGAGGGUGAAGAUCUUCGUCUUUCAGAACCAGAUCCUCACUACAGUCCAGUCUCCACCUCCGUCCUUAUUCAAGCAGCACCAGAGCUAACCUUGCUCCUCUAGAGGUCGGCACACAUCGCAAGUGCUCCUCGGCAGGGAUGUCCACAUAGGGCUUGACUUUGGUUAAAGGACCACUAUACCAAAAAUGUUUUAUGGUAUGAAAUUCAUAAGCUGAGCUAGAAAUCCUCUCGACUGUAAGAAAAAGGCCCUGUACAAAAACUGAGAUACAAAUCUUUUUUUUUUUAUAUAUUUUUCUGCUGGUAGACCUGAAAGAAGACGAGGGAAUGUUAGUUAUCAUCUUAUAUGGGAUAAGUUUACAAAAUGGUCAUCUGUUGGGCUAGAUGGCUCCCUUCAAUACUACCUAGGUUGUCAAUGGAGUCACCUCUAUACUAGGGUCUGGAGCAGACGGACAACAGCCCCUGAGAAGUAUCUUCAAAUAGUUUCACAUUCCUUGCAGAGCUCUUCAGAAGCACAGAAAGACACAUUGCUUUAUUAUGCAAAUAUUGACUUUCUGCACUCCUUGAGAUUUAAAAUCCUG